AUGGGUUAUGAAGUUGAAGAGAAUAUAUUGGAACUUUAUGCAAAACAUAUGUUGAUAAAACCGGUGGAUCCCGACGAAGAAAGAUUUGGGACUUAUGCAGAAAAGAGUUUAAAACUACAUCAAAAAUUCAAGAAAUCAAUGAUUCAGAAGAAAGUUUGGAAAGAAGUUGAGGCUCUUGCAAAAAGGAUGGGAAUAACUAAGGAAGCAAUCUGGAAAGAAAAAGAGGAGAACAUCCUUUUUGAGGAGCAGAUUGUUAAGGUGGAGAAGAAGGCUAAACUGGAAGCAUAUACUCCUAAGCCAAGGAAAUCAAGAAGUGUUUCUCCCUCCCCUGAUUCACAGAAGCCUUCAAGAAAGCCCGAUAGCAAGCCCAAACCAUUAUUCAAGACAUUUGGUGGUGCUGAGAAGAAAAGGAAGACAAUCAAAUUUGUGACUGUAGAUGAUGAGGAAACUAAAUCUGAUGAAGUAGUCAAGGAGGUCAAAGCCAAAGCUUCCAAGGCCACCAAGAUUGUGAAUGAGGUUGUGAAGAAUGGUAGCUUGAAGCCAUUAUCAAAAUGGUAUGAAAAUUUUGAUGUAUCUGGAAAAAUAACUUUAGAAGAAGCAACUUAUGAAAUUAAUUCGGCAAAAGGACAAGAUGAUACUCAUCUAGAAGCUCAAAAAAUGGCAUCACAAGUCGAGCAGAAAAUGGAUGAUACUUCUAUCCCAAAAGUUCAAAUUGUUGAGAAAGUACAGGUUAGUGUGCAAGAAGAAGUUAGAGCUGAAGAUGUUGUUGACAAGGGUGAAGAGGAUGCUAGAAAAGAAGAUGAAGGUAAGAAAAAGGAUGAUAAUCCUUCGGUUGAUGCAGUUAACCCUCGGGUUCUUGAGAAGGAAGCAGAUACUGAGAAGAAUGGUGAAAAGGAGAAGGUGGAGGUUAAGGUUGUAGUUGAGAUUGAGGCAAAAGACACUGUAGAGAUAGUGAAGUGA